AUGACUGUGCCUAAAAUGAUGGCUAAUGAAAACUGCCAGUCUGAUAAAGCACCCAGGAAGCCACUGGCUACGAAAGCCGCGCGCAAGAGUGCGCCCUCUACUGGAGGGGUGAAGAAACCUCAUCGCUACAGGCCUGGUACUGUGGCAUUCCGUGAAAUAAGACGUUUUCAAAAAUCCACUGAACUUCUGAUUCGCAAACUUCCUUUCCAGCGGGUGCGAGAAAUUGCUCAGGACUUUAAGACAGAUCUGCGCUUCCAGAGCGCAGCUAUUGGUGCUUUGCAGGAGGCAAUUACUACCCCAGCAUCCCAGAACUGGGGGAAGGGCCCUCUCCUCGCCUCGCCUUACGUCACUUGCCUGCGACGGCGCCUGCGCGGGACGCCAUCCUGGCGGGGUGCGCCGCGGCCCUCUCUGCCCCAGUUGCUGCGCUUCCGGAGGCGGUUAGGAGUCGGGACCAAUUCUUUCCUGCCCGGCCUUGGGUGUGUGCUCUUGGAUAAAGCCGGGUCGCUCUGUUGCACAUCCUCGCCUCGAGACGCGCGGUAUGGAGAACGUGAGGAGGCACCACGCAAAGUCACAGAAACAGAGUCUUCGCCAUCUCUCUCUCUACGCAUCCCGGGCCCAGGGACCAGAUGUCUUUCGUCACUGGAACUCCUGAGACUGCCUACGCCGCGGGAAGAGUCACCUUCUCAAGAGUUCAAGGACUGGAGCGGAGACCAGGGCUAGUCUAAAACGGCGCACCGGGGAUCCGGUGGUCCCUUGCUGCCUGCCCUGGCCCAGUCCGUGACCGAGGUCGAAGAGCUUCACCCCUGCCCUUGCUGCUCACUUUCCAGAGAAGGACCCUUUCAGGCUGGGCAGUUGAUUUUAGCUGAGGCUGGGAAGAGACACAAAUUUAAAAAAUUAUAUAGGUCGAGCAAUUCCAGACACUUAAAAUAGGCUAGCUGGGGGGCAGUCCGGUUCAGCAAGAUCGUGGGGAAGUUCCCCAGCCAGAUGCUGAGUUCCUUCGGUAAGCACUUGGUGCUGAGAAGGCCGACAUUGGAGGACUAUGUAUUAUUGAUGAAAAGAGGGCCUGGCGUAACAUACCCAAAGGAUAUGAAUAUGGUGCUGUUGAUGAUUAGCAAUCCAGGUGAUGCUGUUUUGGAAGCUGGCUCAGGCUCUGGUGGAAUGAGCUUAUUUUUAUCCAGAGCAGUAGGGCGACAAGGAUAAGUCAUAAGUCUUGAAAUAUGAAAAGACCACCAUGAUCUGGCUAAGAAGCAUUACAAACACUGGCCUGAUUCAUGGGAAUUAAGUCAUGUAAAAGAGUGGCCUAAAAAUAUGGAUUUUAUUCAUAGGUAUAUUUCAGAAGCAUCUAAAGACAUAAAAUCUUUAACAUUUGAUACAGUAGCUUUGGAUAUGUUAAAACCUCAGAUUGCUUUGCCUGUUUUAUACCUAAAUCUUAAACAGGGUGUGUAUGUGUUGUACCGCCCACAGGUUAUUGAACUUUUAGAUGGAAUUCACGUCUGUGAACUUGCUCUUUCAUGUGAAAAAAUAAGUGAGGUCAUUGUCAGAGAUUUUUGCCUUGCAAAACAGAAAAAUGGAAUUUUACUUCAAAAUGUAGAACCUAGAAUCAACACAGAUUUACAAUUACAUUCUCAAAAGAAAAUUGGAGGAGGUGAGAUGUUUCAAGAGGAUGAUCAUGAAGAAUCACACUUUGAUUUUCCAUAUGGAUCAUUUCCCUAUAUUGCUAGAUCUAUACACUGGCAAACUGGUCAUACAGGUGAGUAAUGUUUUCAGACCAUAUUAAAUGGUAUUUUUUUCCCCUUUAAUUAACGUAAUGAACUUCCUUUUUUCUUCUCUUAAAUUAACUUUUCUUGUCAAAUUGAGGAAGGUCAAGCAACAACUUAAGUACCCCAGAUGACAACAUAUUAUUUGAAGAUAGGAAAAUUUAAAAAUAAAACUUUGUAUUGCAAAUCACUACUUUCUUAGAUUGGUAUCUUUACCUAUUUACUAUGAUUUGUAUAAUGUUUACAUAUAAUUUUGAAAAAAUGCUAAAAAAGUGUGUAUCAUUGUAAAACCCCUUAAAUGUCCGUUUUGACACUUGUCUUGCAGUUAGUUUGAUAUUUUGUUGUUAAUGAUUCCAAGUUUCUUUAGUUGAGCCAUCUCAUUCUUCACUUCCUAUAAACCACUCCAUAGAUUUGUCCUUCUUCAUGAAAUUAGUAUUCUUUCCUUUGUUUGAUUGAUGGUCAUUGGCUAAUGAAAUAAAAUAUGCAUUUCAAGAUAAA